AUGGCGGGCCGGUGCGGGGCCCGUGGCGCGCUGUCGCCACACUCGCUGCUCUUCGACUUGCCGCCCACGCUGCUGGGCGAGCUGUGUGGGAUCCUGGAUAGCUGCGAUGGCCCGCUGGGCUGGCGGGGCCUGGCGGAGCGACUUUCAAACACCUGGCUGGAUGUUCGGCACAUUGAAAAAUACGCAGACCGAGGUAAAAGUGGAACAAGAGAAUUGCUGUGGUCCUGGGCGCAGAAAAACAAGACCAUUGGCGACCUUUUACAGGUUCUCCAAGAGAUGGGGCAUCAACGUGCUAUCCAUUUAAUUGUGAACUAUGGAGUAAACUGGACUCCUUCAGCGCAGACUCAUCACGAGCUUCCAUUUCCCAACUUGCCACCUGACAUGAAGCACGUGUGCAGAGAAAAUGACCCUGGACCUCUGGAACCAACCAAUGUCACCGUGGAUAAUGUUCUUGUUCCUGAACAGAAUGAAAAAGGAAUACUGCAUAAAACUCCCAUCAGCUUCCAAAGUAUCUUAGAAGGAACCAAGCAUUUCCAUAAAGACUUCCUAAUUGGAGAAGGAGAGAUAUUUGAAGUAUACAGAGUGGACAGUCAAAACCAAACAUAUGCUGUUAAAUUAUUUAAACAGGAGAAAAAAAUGCAGCUUAAGAAGCACUGGAAGAGAUUUUUAUCAGAACUGGAAGUUUUACUCCUGUUCCGUCACCCCCACAUACUAGAGCUGGCUGCAUAUUUCACAGAGACUGAGAAACUUUGUCUGGUUUAUCCCUAUAUGAGCAACGGGACGCUUUUUGACAGGUUACAGUGCACAAAUGGCACAGCCCCACUUUCCUGGAACCUUCGAAUCAGUAUAUUGGUAGGAAUAGCCAAAGCCAUCCAAUGCUUGCACAGUGCCCGGCCGUGCGCUAUCAUCUGUGGCAACAUUUCCAGUGCAAACGUACUCCUGGAUGACCAGUUCCAACCCAAACUAACCGAUUUUGCUGCGGCGCACUUCCGACCCCACCUAGAGCAGCAGAGUUCUACCAUAAAUAUGACCGGCAGCGGCAGGAAACAUCUGUGGUACAUGCCAGAAGAAUACAUCAGACAGGGAAGACUUUCUGUUAAAACGGAUGUCUACAGCUUCGGAAUCGUGAUCAUGGAGGUCCUAACGGGCUGCAAAGUGGUCCUGGAUGAUCCCAAAUGCGUUCAGCUGCGGGACCUCCUCAUGGAACUGAUGGAGAAGAGAGGCCUAGACUCGUGCCUCUCGCUCUUAGACAGAAAGAUACCGCCCUGUCCUCGGAACUUCUCUGCCAAGCUCUUCUCUCUGGCGGGCCAGUGUGUGGCAACGCGGGCCAAGUUAAGACCCACAAUGGACGAAGUCCUGAACGCUCUGGAGAGCAUCCAGCCUAGCUUGUAUUUUGCAGAAGACCCUCCCACUUCCCUGAAGUCCUUCAGGUGUCCUUCUCCUCUGUUCUUGGAUAAUGUCCCAAGUAUUCCAGUGGAAGAUGACGAAAACCAGAAUAACCACGCAGUGCCUCCCAAGGAAGCUUUGAGGCUGGAGAGAAUGACUCAGAAAACCCCUUUUGAAUGCAGCCAGUCAGAAGUUACCUUUCUGGGCUUGGACCGAAACAACGGGAACGGGGGAAGUGAGGCUGCUUGCACCAUGCCCAGUUCUUCUUGUGAGGAAUGUUGGUCCCCAGAGCUUGAAGCAGCCUCCCAGGACUUAAGGCCUACUGAAAUCAGUUUGGGCUCCUCUUGGGAAGUACCGGGCCAUUCUUACGGGAGCAAGCCAAUGGAGGAGAGGUGCUCCUCUGGACGCUUUUGCAGUGAGCACAAACAGUCCAAAAAGCAGUGAAUUCACCAGAAGAUAAAGAAAAAAGCAAAUGUCACUGAAGAGACCUGAGCAAACAGCGUCACCGUGGAAGGCUGUACUCGGAGCUCCCUGAGGAGCCGAGGGGACCAAAUGAUGGAGAAUUUGAAUAGCAGCAAGGAAGUGUGCUCCUUCCUCCAAACAGAACAAUGCUGUCUCUUGACAAGGUUCUUUAUCCGGAUUAUCCAUUGUCAUUUAUGCUUUAUCCGGGUACCGCCUCUCAGUCAAACCUGAGAGGCUAAACUGGGGCUAAUCAGAGUUAUCCAAGAGUCUGGGUUCUGGCAAUCAAAACCUAGCAAAGGGUGGCAGGAACCUUAAGUCUCUCUCUCAUAAUUCGAAUGAGACCUUGGUGUAGGUGAACAGAGAACCCACAUUCCCGAGCCGAGUUCUCCCCAAGCCAGCAUUCAGCCACUCAACGUCAGCAGCCAGUCGUCACCAGCAGCCAAACCCCCUCUGCGCAUGCACUAUGCCUUUUAUAAAACCCAAACCUUCAGGGCCCGCCCCUUUCUUUUCCAUCCUCACUCAGAGGCAUCCUUUUGUAUAUUCCCCCAGGCCCCACCCAAAUAAAACUCUCCCAUGAGAUCUGU